CAAACAGCAUGGACGCGUGAGUGCCCCUGUCGACGAGAAAUAAUCAUCGCUUUGGUCCCAUUUUUCCAAUUUCAUCGGUUUUGUGUUGAUUUGCUCGCGGUGCGACGGGUGUGUGUUUUCUUUUACCUUCGGCGUACUGUUGUCUGAAGCGUCGUGCGAGACCUUUUCCGGACGAACCGACCAGCCCCGGGGUAAUCGAUACGCGAAAAUCCCGGAACCUCGCUGCCUUCACCUGCGUGUGCUGUGCGCCGUACCUCGUUGAUCCCGCAACUUUUCUUCCGGCGACAGUGAAUUCUGCGACCGGGUCGCGCGAGACGGACACGAGGAACCACCAUCCGACCGGUCGCCACGUUCCACCGACACGCACCUUCUCCCGGGGUCACUUUCUACCUCCGGUCCGCGUUACCCCUCUGACCCCCCACCCCCUGUUCCUCGUAGAGGACAACCCGCGUCAAUCCCGUGUAUCGCGAAAGUGUGUGCAUCUAGAAAGCGGACCGCGUGUAUCAUCGCCACUUCCCAUGUGCGGUACAUUUUCCCCUAUCUCUUUCCGCCUCUCUGCGUGUGUAUCGCGUGUGCGCGCCAUUCUGCAAAUAAGUGUGAGCGAAACAGAAGAGGCGUAAAAACUCGCUGCUCUAUAUUGUGUGGUGCUGCAAAAAUCGGUGCUGCCCGGCACAAUCCGCAUUAUUCCCUUGGUGCACUCCGGUCCCGGGUCCGACCGGGUCUUGUUCGACAAGCCGCACGAAACAGUGUCCACAUGUGGUCAGCAAUGAUCAUACAUCUGCAAAGUCACAACAACAAACGGUGAAACUUCGCAUUGAUCGUUGAUGCAGUGACAAAACAUUGUGUAAUCAGAAACAACAACGCGUGACGACGAUACUUAACGAAAGUCCUGCGAGAAAUUACCAUUAGAAAAGGAAGCAACCUAUAAAUUUUUCAAAAGAGUCCUUAUCAGUAGUAGACCAGCUCUAGCAGCCAGCGAUCACAAACCGGUGCCAGGAGUGGUGUUCACGUUGGGAACACAACGCAUCUAGUAGUCUAGUAGAAAGUCCGUUCAGAAGGGAGGAAAAGCUUCUCAAGCAGCUUUCCGUUUCCGGAAGCUUCCGUAAGGGUUAAACCGCAAACCGCGUUCCGCUGCGCAAUCUGCUUGUCUCUGGGGCGAAAGCACCACCGACAGCACCCACCUCCAAAACCCACUUUACAAAACGAUGGCUGUUUUUACGAAACUCUGCCUACCAGAUAUUGUCAAAUUAAAACGCUAGUUAGUAACCGCUGUCUUGUCCAUCUUCGUGCUUGUCGGUGGUCAUUACAAGAAUUUACUAAUUAACGUUUUUAAGGUACAAUAUCUGCAUUCUUGGGUUUUUUCCAUUCUUUUUCGUUCACUCGCACAUUACUUGUACUUGUACUAAUUUAGUUGUUGCUGUUUUGCGUAUACAUUGUCACACCACCUCCGCUACUUAAAGUACGAACAGCAUCUUUGCAUCGAUUGUGAUACUGUUUUGUUUAUUUUCCUCUUUCCCUGUCUUCUAUUAACUGUUGGCAAGAAAGCAUCGCUUUCUUUCACUUUCAGUCAAUAGCGUGCAUUCUGAAUUGUUGAUCACCUGUUUUUUUAUACAUUUGUGUGUGUGUGUGUGUGUGGAAAAGUCAGCUUCCAUUCUCAUCGCUGAUUCCGUUACUUAACAUACUUUUUUAAAGGUAACUGCUACUUUAAAGUUCACACUCGUAUUAGGCAUUACUAUCAAUACUUAAUAAUUUUAAUAUUAGUAACGCUUCGAGCACAAUCACACUACUACCGUUGUGUGCUGUGUGUGUAUGUGUGUUUAGUGAAAACAAACAAACAACAACAGCGUAACACCAUUGUUUGCGAACGUUGGUGUGAGCUCGUGAGAAAGUGUCGCAUUUUUUGUUCAAGUUUGUCAUCCACUAAUUGCUCUGGACAUCAUCUGGAGUGUGGUGUGUUGUAUAAGAGGCUGGAAUUUACAAAUUACGGAAGCCCUAUUUUUGUGUGAGGGAUUGCUUUUAGCUGUGGUGAAGUAACGGAACCAUCAGCAACACGAACAAACUUGCUGCUAGCGGGUUGAAUAACUUACGAAAAAUCGUACUAGAGAAGACAUCUUCCUUUUGAACGUGAUUUAACAAGACUUGAUACACCACGCCGCAUACCGUCUGAUCGAAUUAAGGCAGAAAGCAAAGCUUUUCGUUGUUUGUUAAAAACCAAUAUCUUGGAUUGUAAUCUUAUUUCUUAUUUGCUUUGUACCGCUUGUACGAGCAAGUAUUUUAGAAGGACAAUUUCUGUUUGUCACUUAGAGAAAAGGUAUUCUCACUAAACACACUCCAAAUUCGGCUGCCUGGUUGGAGCACUGUUAUCCAAAAUCUAGGGCUCAGUUGACGACGUUAAAGCUUCAAUCCUCAACUCUUCCAAUUUGGUCUGGUAGAACACUCUCAAAGUCGAUCGUUUAAGUUCGUCGCCUUAAACAAACCCAAAGCGCAUCUUGUAAAGCGAGCAAAAUGGAUCCUUUUGAUCCCGAUAUUCUGUGGUUGGUGAUCCUGGGCUUUGUAAUAGCGUUUAUUCUGGCAUUUGGUAUUGGUGCUAAUGAUGUUGCUAACUCGUUCGGUACGAGCGUUGGGUCGGGCGUGCUGACCAUACGUCAGGCAUGCUGGUUAGCCACCGUAUGCGAAGUGUCCGGCGCUGUUCUCAUAGGUUACAAGGUGUCCGAUACGAUGCGGAAAGGUAUCCUAGAGGUCGAGAUGUACAAGGGUAGCGAAAUUGAGCUGAUGCUUGGCUGCCUGUCGGCUCUGGGAAGCUCAGCGCUGUGGCUGCUGGUAGCAACGUUCCUUAAAAUGCCCAUCUCCGGCACACACAGCAUUGUUGGAUCGACGAUCGGUUUCAGCCUGGUCGCCCGUGGCACGCAGGGACUCAAGUGGAACACACUGCUCACGAUCGUUGGCUCAUGGUUCAUCUCGCCCGUGCUGAGCGGUUUGGUGAGCGUGCUGUUAUUCUGGAUGAUUCGCAAAUUCAUCCUGAACGCGAAGAACCCUCUGCGGGCCGGACUGUUCUCGUUGCCGCUGUUCUAUGGCACAACCUUGGCUGUGAAUGUCUUUAGCAUCGUGCACGAUGGACCAAAAUUGCUGUACAUGGAUAACAUCCCGCUGUGGGUGGCGCUUGCGGUCAGCAUUACGCUUGGUAUCGUCGUGGCAACGCUGGUACAGCUGUUUAUUGUGCCGUGGCAAAAGCGUAAGAUACUCAACGGCGACAAGACCCAAUUCACGGUCGGCGACUCGGAUGGAGAUUCGUCAUCGAACGGUAGCCCGCGCCGGGCGAAGCGACCGCUCUCUCUGGUGGCCAGCGAUGGUAAACCGCUGCCAGCUAUUACCGAGACAACCGAGCUGGUUUCACUGUCGUCGCAGCAUCAGCAACAGGCCUCACAAAAUGGGUUGGUGAAGAAGCUCUCAAAUGAGCUUUCGCCGGGCGGACCCUACAGCUUCAAUCCGGAGAUUGUAAAGAAGGCAAACAGCUUGCUUGGCGCGCACGACAAAACCAGCUUGGACAACACGGACCUAACGGUGACAAGCCUGAACUACAUCGAUGAGUUGCAAUCGUACCAUGGCAAUGGACGCUUCCAUCUCGGCACGUACUUUGACCGUCGCAACAGUACCAACGUAUCGCCGAAAUCACCCGACUCGGGACAUCUGAUCAAUGGAGGAUUGAAAGAACAACCUACCGUAAUAGCACUGCAGAAUGGCAAAUCACCCACCAGUCCGAAGAGCGACAGUACUCUUCCGAUAACCGACUACACGCUAAUGCCACAGAACGUGCUGCUGAGCAGUACGGAGCAAGACAUCAAAAAGACAGACAUGUGCAAGAUUGAAGCAGCCGCCGGUUUGGAACAUCCGCUCAUCAGUGCAACGCUCUCACCCAACUCGAGCAAAGUGCCAUUGAUUGGUGCGAAGGAAGGCUCCGAGGAGGACAACCGAAGGCAAAAGCCGGUCGAAGAGAGCGAAGACGUGUCAACCCUAUUCUCCUUCCUCCAGGUUCUCACUGCUACGUUUGGUAGCUUUGCGCACGGUGGCAAUGAUGUCAGCAAUGCCAUUGGACCGCUGAUCGCGCUAUUCAUGAUCUAUCGCGAGGGUUCGGUGCUGCAAAAGUCGGAAACGCCACUGUUGAUCCUGUUGUAUGGAGGAUUGGGCAUUUCGGUCGGUCUGUGGCUGUGGGGUCGGCGUGUGAUCGAAACGAUCGGUAAUGAUCUCACCAAGAUUACUCCCUCGACUGGUUUUACCAUCGAAAUCGGUGCCGCCCUGACUGUGCUAAUAGCGUCCAAAAUUGGUCUGCCCAUUUCUACGACUCAUUGUAAGGUGGGUUCAGUUGUGUUUGUUGGGCAGGCGAACUCACGGCCAACGACAGUCGAUAGCGGUAAGCAUGCGCAUCAUGCCGUGACUGCGCAACAGAAAGCGGUUGAUUGGGGGCUGUUCCGAAACAUCGUGUAUGCUUGGGUAGUCACUGUUCCGGUGGCUGCCCUGCUGAGUGCCGGUUUUAUGUUUGCCCUUCGCGCUAUCGUGUUGCCUUAAGAAGUGCGGAAAGGCUUUCGCUCCUACAACCAACAUCAGAACAGCAAUAAUUAAGUGACAGAAAAACAAAAUGCAACCGCGCUACGAAAUCAAGCGAAGAUGGGCAAGAAGUCGGCAGGGCAGCGAAGAAGUCGAUAGGCGAAGACACCAUCCGUAAAUGCUGGACAUGCUGGAGUAAGCAUUGCGCUACAUGCACGUCUGUCACCAGACUCAAUCAAACAAAUGCACAACAGCUAUUGUUACACUCAGCUAGAGAGAAAAAAAAGGAUGAGAGGGGGCUGUUUGCCGUUCCACAUCGAAGGAUACACCUAUUCUUAUCUCCAGAACUUUAGUUACUUAAGCAACCACAUCCUUAAGAUUUAAGUAGUUUUGUACUGCGAUAUAAUAGUUAGUUCAUUCUCAUCUCAGAAUAUGUUUUUCGCGCAACACAACACUAGUCUCCAAAACGAAAAGUUACAGGGUUUUUGGUAUAUACAACACUUGGGGAGAAAGCUUUAUUCAACAAUUGGUAAGCUAGUAAAGACUUGCCUUCUAAUAUGAUUGGAUGAUUGUAAUGAAGCCUUUUUUACCAUUUGCGGAGUACUAGCACAGUAUCGUCAUCAUUCAUUCAUCAGUUAGUUCAAAUUUUCCUAUAAGUUGUGAUUUUAUAAUUUUUCUCACUAGGUAUAGCAGAACAGUUCAAUGCUACGGUAUAUACGCGAAGUGCGCAAGCUCUUACAACAAGCUCAGCAAAGUAAGAAUAUUGCAUACGCGUUGAAUAGGCAGGCGGAAAAUCUGUUGCGGGACAAACAGAUGACAGAGUGGUCGGAUUGUACUAGUUGACAGUUAGUUACUUCAACUGAGGCGUUUGUAUUGAUUGCACAGCCAGCCAGGUAUAUCAAAAGAUACACACCUAACAGCAGCACAUGGCAGGAAACAAAUAUCAGAAAAGCAUGGUAUUGAGGGCGGGAGUAAAAUUCGAUAACAAUUAACAAACAACACAACAAAACCAUAAACAGAUUGUAGAGGUAUUGUAAUUUACUGAUCGUUAGCAGUUAGUAAAUAGCAGCUAAAAAAGCUAGUGUAGAGUGAGAUCUAUGUAGCAUUAUGAGUCGUGCAGAGGAAAGAAAAGAUAAACCUAUACAAAUACCAACCGGCUCAAGCAGAGAGCAUAAAAGUGCCGAAACAGGUGCGGCGGAGUACAUUAAAACAAAACAGUUGAAAUUUUGUUCCGUUUUCCUUUCCUCUUUCCGUGCCCCAGAUGGUACGUGGUGAAAAGAAAUUAUUCAUCUAAAAUUUGAUCAGCUUGAUUUGGAAAUUGGUUGUACGAUUCAAUUUCCAUGCUCCAUCCUUCGGUUUGCUAUGUUAAACCUCUAACUCCCAUCAUUGCAAAUUUGUCAAUUGUGAUCAUAGUUCAUCCUAACGUCGGAGGGUGAUCGUGGGCUGAAUACAAUAAUCGGAACCUCAUCUCAUACACUAAUACCAUUAAAACGCGGCGCAAAUCAUUUAAACCUCUCACUCGUCAACCAUUGACAAUGCUAAUGCUGCCAAAUUGUUGCUUUUGUUUUCACUGAUACCAUACACUAUACACUAAAGCUCAACGUUACUCGAACGCCAAAUUAUAUCAAAUGUCGCAACAGUCGAUUGCGAUCGAGUUAGCUACCCGGACCUAUAGGCUGCAAAUGUCGGGCUACACUGUGACAGUUGACCCUAGUGUGGUGGAGAAGACACAAAGCCGAUAAAAACAGCUCGAGGAUCGAUCUCCAUAGGAAGCUAGUAGUUGGUGUACUUGUUUAGGUUGUAAAAUCCGAUCGCUUCCGCAGCCAAACCAUCCUGGGCGCUAUAUUGUACCGUAGAUUCCGUCCUCGAGGAAUCCGUGUGAAAGCAACCAAACAAACAAACGUAGUUGUAACUGCAUAGUAGUUCAUACGAACAAUCUGUCUGCAAAACCGUCAGCCUCUACUUAUAAAACCGUUAGCAUUGCUACACUGAUCCCAAGGAGAAAAACGUCGAUAAACCCAAAAGGUGAAAAGCUCAGCGAAUUGCGCAUCAGAUGUAAAAGUCUAAAAAUCUACACGGCCCCCCUAGCAUCCUACAAGAGAAGGCAAGUCGAUCCAACGCAAAAGAAAAGAUACAAUUUCAAACCAAUAUUAGCCAAUGUGAUUAUACAAAAAAAGAGAAAAAAAAAACUCACCGUAAUAGUUAACACACGGCGGUCCUUCGCAUCGCCGUGUGUAUCGAUGUGUGUAUUGUUACUGAGUAAAGUGGUGAGUGUGAAGCCGGUGGUGCUAAAACAAAACAAAAAACAGACAAACUAACUAACACAUUAGUUCCCUGCCACCUCCUUGUCAUUAGACCGUUGUUAAACAUAUUACAUGUUGAAUUGAGGAUGCAAUUCCUGGAUAGCUGCUAUGCAGUCUUCAUCCUAAUGCAAUGUUAGUUGAAGAAAACAUUUGUCGUUUAGAAAAAAAAACUAAAAACACAAACACACAUACACACGCAGUCACAAUUCAAACAAAGACGAAUUGAAAUUGAAGUAAAAGAAAUUAAAGCAAAACCAACAUGCACUCCAACUACAAUAUUCUGGAUAUUGGGUUAGAGAAGUGAUAAGUGUAGUGCGAUGAGUUUCCUUGAUCUGGCCAUCAGGCGAGCAUGUCUCAGUAAUAUGGCUUUUUCCCGUUACUUAAUUAUUGCUUUCGGUAGGAUUAAGAAGCUUAUGUUCUUUAAUAUUACAAACAAUUUUUCAACUAGCGCACAGUUGUAUAUGAUGUAAUUGCAAUUGUGUGUGUUUCUUAAAUUACGAUUUUAUGUUAACUAACGACAGACAGAAAGAGAGUAAACCUUCUCCAUGAGACUGCAAUGGGAAUUUGUUUAAAAAUAAACACACAAACAAUUCACCUAAACUAUGACUCUGAAAAUUCUAUACAUUAGACAAGCGCAACACGUACCAUUCGCAGAGAGGUUUUUUUUCUGUAGUGAUCAAUACGAAGUGCAUAGGGCUGCAAUGAUCUCACACACACACACACACACACACACACACACACACACACACACACACACACACACACACACACACACACACACACACACACACAUUCAUUUUGCAAAAUUAUGGUGUACUUUUUUCCAACACACUUACAAAUAGUAAUUUUUCAACGUGUGGCACUGUAUUGCUAAAAGAAAACUUACUUGCAAGACAUGUAGAAGAGCUUCAAUAGUAAUGAAAAUAGAACGAUUUAUGCCUUUUUUAUUACUAUUUUUUUUGUAAAGAGUUUUCUUUUUGAAAUGGUAAUUGACAGUAAACUGCUAAGCUGUCCCAAUCACCCAAUUGCGUACCGUACACAGUAGAAGUGCUGAAUUCCUUCACGACCUAAAUCCACAAACCUCGCACGUUACUCCAAUACAGUCUUCUUGCUUGCGAAAUACGUUCAAGUUUCAAACCCGUGGUACCAAUGUGUUCCAUCUUUCGUUCUUUCGAUAUGCUUACGAAAGUUUUUUCAUAUUUCCAUUGAAGGUGCGAUCUUUUGUGUUUUAAAUCCUUCGGGAUUCCUAUAACAACGCUUCACUAAAACGAAGAACUCCCAAAGGAAUUAGUAUUAAUCAGAAUGUAAAUGUACUAAACAGACAAAAAAAAUGUUAGAAACAUUAUUUCGACGUGUAAUUAACAAAGCUCCACCACAAUAGAGAGAUAGAGAGAGAACGAGAGAUGUAAAACAACACAUAUGACCAGGAUGAGGACAGAGAUACAUUGGGAGCAGAAAGGAUUAACACAACACAGAAAAAGAAAGCAGAUAAAACAUGCCCGUACAUCUUUCAUACCUUGGGAAGUUAUACAUACCGUACGUCAAUGGAAGUGUGAAACUGAUCCAUCAAAACUAUUGAGAGUAGGGAAGCGAAUGGAUAAGCAGAACCGAACUGUUAUAGACCAGAAGUCGGAAGAAAGCUGGGGCAAAGGGACACAACAAUACCUGAUAGCAAAAGAUAACAUGUAAGCAAGCAACGAAAAGGAAAAAAUAAGUACCGACAGAUUCCAUAGAACAUUGUUCUACUAGUAGUGAACAUCUGUUGCUGUCGGUAGCACGGUCUUGGUAACAUAUAAUAGCAACAAAUAUGAUGUUUGGGAUGAAUGGAUGAGAAAAUUGUUGGAACCGUUUCGAACCGUGCGGCGGCAAGUGAGAAAUAGCAGUAUGUGUAAGCUGCGUGAUUGGGUUAGGCAUAGUAACGCAAGGAAUUCAACUAAUGUGCGAAUGAAACCAAUGUAAAAGAGCGGAAAAAACCAGUACAAGAAUGCAAGAGCUCUCAAAAUCAAUAAACCUAAGUCUGAUACAACAACACGGAUGCAACCAUUGACUUUUGCUUCUUUUUUCUUUCUUUCUUUUUGUACGUUUUCUUCCGAAGACGAAGACGUGAGAUUCGUCAACACUGCGAAGUAGUUGCAAUAGCGGAAAAUAAACAAGUGUUCACUUCCGGGACUGUGUGAGAGAGACAGGAAAAAUAUUUUUUUUUGACAUUUCAUUCCAAAAGUAAACAAAUAAAUCGGCGUGUUCAGUGCUAAUCGGUCACUGCUUUGAUGGCUUUUGGAGAUUUAUUUGGCCGUCGCGGGAUGCGUUAUGCAAAGGAUUAUCAUCUAGCAAGCUGUUGUAAUUACUGUUUGGUCGUAUUGUGGCAUUGUAGCAUUGCAAAAGCUCAGUUGUGCUAAGAAGCUUAAACGUGAAGGUUGGGAUUCUUAAAAAAAUGGUAGCCGAUUCUAAUUGCGUCCGACUUUUGUAGGUUAAAAUCUGCUUUUGUGCAUUAUCCAUCGACAAAACAACCGUAUGGAUUAGUUACCAGUAAACUGUGGAUAGCACAUAUUAUGUACAUAUUAUUCACUAUGUACAUGUAAUAUGUGCUAUCAACGCCCAAGUGCGCCAUUUUGAUGACGAAGAAAAAAGUUCUUUCAUGAUGCUAACAAUCCUACUAAUAAUGCACAGCGAUAGACACAACUGUUGUGAACGUAUCAACUAUUUAUUAAAGAACAAUAUACGCCGAAAAUUAACGUCUUCCGGGUGGCAGUUCCUACCUCUAGCAAAAAUGUACAACUGAAAACAGGAUCAGAGAAUAAAAAACAGCAGUGUAACAGGUGGUAACAGUAUUAAAGUAUGGCUCCACGCAUGAGCCCACUGCUCGCAAGAGCCACUAUCAACGUCCGGUGUUGUAAGUGCAACUGCUGGCGACUCCUGGUCCAAUCCCGGCGGGAUGGCGGAUGUGCUGGAUAUGGAAUCGUCAUCCGUGAUGGCAGGUCAUUAAAUAGGUACGAACAAGCAGAAGAGCACGCUUUUUGUACUUUACCGAAACACAGUCGUUGAUGUUGGGUGAUGUAAAAGCAUAGAAAAUUGCAGAAUACUUUUCCUCCUCGAGCAUGAGCUGGGCAAGUUUUGAGUAUUAAUCACUGUUUGCAUACAUGAAAGAAAAAUUACACAUUGUUUUGCAGUACACACAAUGAAACACAAAAUGAAGUCUGUUUGUUCAAUUGUGAUACUACUUUAAAGCUAAUAAAAAUUACGGGUGAAUUCAG